GGGAGACGCUCUGGCGACGGGUUCCGGCUGCAUUUAUUUCCAUGAGCGCAGCCGGCAGCCGCGGAGCUGUGGGGACCCGGCUGGGGACGAACUGGGCAGCAAUAGCCAACUACGUUCAGGUUAAUUUAAAUAAGAGAUCUGACCUGACCAGCCCAACUGUACAACUUUUCAAGGAAAAUUACUAUCUGCUGUGAGAAGUGACAUAGAUCAAGAUGAAUGCUAUGAUGGAUACUCCCGAGCUCCCGGCCGUGUUUGACGGGGUGAAACUGGCUGCAGUGGCUGCUGUGUUAUACGUGAUUGUCCGGUGUUUGAACCUGAAGAGCCCCACAGCCCCACCUGACCUCUACUUCCAGGACUCAGGGCUGUCACGCUUCCUGCUCAAGUCCUGUCCCCUUCUGACCAAAGAAUACAUUCCACCAUUGAUCUGGGGGAAAAGUGGACAUAUCCAGACAGCCUUGUAUGGGAAGAUGGGAAGGGUGAGGUCGCCACACCCUUAUGGCCACCGGAAGUUCAUCACCAUGUCUGAUGGAGCCACAUCAACAUUUGACCUCUUUGAGCCCUUGGCUGAGCACUGUGUUGGAGAUGAUGUCACCAUGGUCAUCUGCCCUGGAAUUGCCAACCACAGCGAGAAGCAGUACAUCCGCACCUUCGUUGACUAUGCACAGAAAAAUGGCUAUCGGUGUGCUGUGCUGAACCACCUGGGCGCCCUGCCCAACAUUGAGCUGACCUCACCACGCAUGUUCACCUACGGCUGCACGUGGGAGUUCGGAGCCAUGGUGAACUACAUCAGGAAGACAUACCCCCUGACCCAGCUGGUCGUCGUGGGCUUCAGUCUCGGGGGUAACAUCGUGUGCAAGUAUUUAGGGGAGACCCAGGCGAACCAGGAAAAGGUCCUGUGCUGUGUCAGUGUGUGCCAGGGGUACAGCGCACUGAGGGCCCAGGAGACCUUCAUGCAGUGGGACCAGUGCCGGCGCUUCUACAACUUCCUCAUGGCUGACAACAUGAAGAAGAUCAUCCUCUCACACAGGCACGCUCUCUUCGGAGACCAUGUUAAGAAACCCCAGAGCCUGGAGGACACAGACUUGAGCAGACUUUAUACUGCAACGUCCCUGACACAGAUUGAUGACAACGUGAUGAGGAAGUUCCACGGCUAUAACUCCCUGCAGGAGUACUACGAGGAAGAGAGCUGCAUGAGGUACCUGCACAGGAUUUAUGUACCCCUCAUGUUGGUUAACGCAGCUGAUGACCCCUUGGUGCAUGAAAGUCUUCUAACCAUUCCAAAAUCUCUUUCAGAGAAACGGGAGAAUGUCAUGUUUGUGCUGCCCCUGCACGGGGGUCACCUGGGCUUCUUUGAAGGCUCCGUGCUGUUCCCCAAACCGCUGACGUGGAUGGAUAAGCUGGUGGUGGAGUACGCCAACGCCAUCUGCCAGUGGGAACGAAACAAGUCGCAGUGCUCUGACACGGAGCAGGUGGAGGCCGAGCUGGAGUGAGGCCUCCGGACUCUGGCGCACUCCAGUGGCCUCCCCUGGGCCCCACGCUUGCUGCUUCAGGUCUCCCAUCUCCCUCAGUGACCUGGAUCUGACCUCAUACCAUCAGCGGGGCCACCCAUCGUGCACACCUGUCUCAAGUAGGCGGCUCUCCUGGGAGCUCCAGGUUAUUUUUGUGCUUAGUUACUGGUUUCCUCCGUUGCAUUGUUAGCCGUGGUGACAAGCAGCAGGGUUCUUUCCCCCUGUUGGGUUUCAGCAUCUGAUUGCAUUUAAGCCAAGUACAUCUAGUUUCCCUAUUUAAAAUGUGUCUGAACAGCAGUUUUGCUUUGCCAAUCAAACGGCUUUUUCCCGGAGAACAGUGAAGGACAUGUGUUAUUUUGUGGUGGUUUUAUGAGUUAUAUGUUCCCUUCCACUGAGCUUCCCAUCCUAGGCCAGUGCUGAAGACACAGCUUAGCUUGGGAAUCCAAGGGUCUGAGCCUCCCGGGCCAGUACAUGGCCUCUUAAAUGGCAAAGGAAUUCCCCCAGUCACAAGCCAAGUUUUCUUCCUUCCCACCUUCUAAGCAGUUUCCUCACGCCUUGCUGCUGCUGAGGUUCGCAUGGGGCACUUGUUAAAAAUUCAGCCUCCCAGGUCCCUCCCCUUGCAGAGGGUCUGGGAAGGGGUCUGGGGAUUUUAAUUUUUGACAAGUACCCCAGGGGAUUCUCAUCACCAGGCAAACCAGGGAAACAACUUUCUAGGCCCCUUUCCAUUAGCCCAUCUUGGUGGCUCGUUUUAUUUCACCUUUGUAGCCAUUGGUGUCACUUCACUCCCAGGUCACUCCCAGGCAACUCCAGAACAGUGAGGCGUAUUGUGUAGCUGCCCUGUGUGAUCACAGUGUGAUGUCCUCACAAGGGCCCUGGGUAGGAGUGGGCAUUUGGGCUGGGCCCUGGCUGUGCUUCUCACCAGCUAUAUGAACCUGCAAGAGUCCCUUUGGGCUUGAGUCCCCCUAGGACACCGGGGGCUUAGACCAGGUGGGUUGCCGACCUGACCACCAGUUCUGAAGUUCAAUGACAAACUCAGUUUACUGAAUUUUGAGAGAACAUCCCUCCUGGGACCGUGUGGAUGUCGUCACUUGCCUCCCCCAGCCCCCGCGGCCCUCACUUCACAUAAAGAGGUGUGGGGUUUUUUUUAAGCACUUAAUUAUAAGUUUAGGUUUUAACCCUGGUCCCUCUAACUCUGGUUUUUGAUACCGAGCAAGUCAAAAGUUGGAUCUGAAUUUGAAGAAAGAUAUUUCCAAUUGAAGAUGGUAUUACCUGAAACUAGACUUUGAAGGGAAUGGCCUCUAAUUGUUAUUUGUUGGAUGGAUCUUUCUGAAAUGUCUUCUUAAGGGAAAACCGUCACUAUAGGUUUCAAGUACUUUCUCCAAUCCUGUGGUACUUGGAUACCUAAGAACUCUGCACUUUGAAAAAUCAGCAGUUGCUGUCUGGAAGCAGAGAGCUUCCAGAGAAAGCAAAAAAUCACCUGGAUAUUUUGCAAAGCUAUUUUCUCUUCUUCAUCUCCUUUGGCCCCAAGAUAGACUAGAAAAUAAUUCGUGGGUGUGUGUGGCUGUUUAAGGUAUGAAGGGGGCCACCUGAGUGCUUAAAUGCCAGCCCUAAGUGCCGCACUGGAUGGAGUUUGGGCCCUGGCCCAAGUGACUGUGACAAUAACCUCUGUAACCUGAAGAAGUUAUUUCCUGACAAUCACCAGAUCACCAAAUAACAUCAGAAACAGCCAUUCUCUCAAAAGACUGAGAUUUCUAUGGUCUCAGCUUUGCUUUGGUAUAAUUUCUCACAGUCAUCAAAUUGUAUAAUUCUGGCUUUUCCCCCCAAACUAUUGUUUUAUCAAUGCAUGUUCUUUUCGUGUUCUUUUUUGCACAAUUUGGCACUUUACCCUCUACCCUUCAAUUUGGAAGCUAGUCUUUCUCCUCUGUUACUUCUCCCACCAACCAACCACAACUAUAUUCUAAAAGAUUCUUAGACAUCUUGUUACAGCCUUCAUCCCUUGAGACUUUUU